AUGGAGCCUUCACGGGAGAAGCUGUCUGCCGCCGUCGUCCUCCUGCUGACGCUCCUCGUCAUGGUCGCCGAGAUGCGUCCGGUUCAGGCACGCGACUGCCUGACGCGGAGCACCCGGUUACCGGGGGCUCUGUGCGUGCGUUCGGACUACUGCGCGAUCGGGUGCAGGGAGGAGGGCAAGGGCUACACCGGCGGCAAGUGCCUCAUCUCCCCCACCCCGCUUGACGGAAUUCGCUGCUACUGCGUCAAGCCUUGUCCGGCCAAUUCCUCGCCAGGGAAUGUUGGAUCCGGUGAACUGAAGCCCGAUGGUCCCUCCUCUACGAGUUCGCCAUAG